GGAGGCCUGUUUUUCCGGGAUAAUCCUGCCAGGGAAGGUUUCAGCUGCCGUUCGUUGUACCUCGCCGAAGAUGUAAACUUGGCCACGUUGGCGUUUCGCUGAGCAGCCCUCGUCAGAGAGAGACAGAGAGAGGAAAGGAUCGAGAGAGAGCUCCAUCAGAAAUCCUCCGCCUCCUCAGUCUGACUGAUGUUCCACUCCAGGUGAAAGGGGACGGCGAUCCUGGCAACGAAAGAUGCAGGCCGACCCGGGAUCCUUUUCCAGACCGCCCGAAUGCCCCGCUGUAAAUGAGUCGAGUCUGCCCAGCUGCAGGGAUCAUGAUGAGAUCCACCGCCUCCAGCUGGCCUGGCAUGGGCUGGUGCUGAGCGUCGGCUUCCCGCUCAACGCUGUGGCCAUCUGGGUCUUCGUCCGCCUGCUGCGGCUGCGGACGGUGGUGACGGUGUACCUGGCCAACCUGGCCGUCUGCGACCUCCUCUUCACCCUGACCUUGCCCCUGAGGAUCUUCUACUUCGCCACGGACCUCUGGCCGCUGGGCAACGUGCUGUGCCAGGUGGCAGGCUCCCUCUUCCAGCUUAACAUGUACGGCAGCUGCCUGUUUCUGGCGGCCGUCAACGUCGACCGCUACCUGGCGCUGGUCCACCCGCUGCGCUCCCGCCCCUUUCGCCGGCGCCAGGUGGCCUGGCGGGUGUGCGGGGUGGUCUGGGCGCUCAUCCUGCUGGGAUCCAUCCCCAUGGCACUCGCCCACGACACCAGCAGCUGCGAAGGCAUCAAUGCGAGCGUGGAGGUGCGCUGCUUUGAGAGCUUCUCCAACCGCGACUGGAAGACGGAGCUGCUGCCGCUCGUUGUGUUGGCCGAAGUGCUGGGUUUCCUGCUGCCUCUAUCCACCGUCCUCUACUGCUCCGUGCGCAUAUUGCGGGUGCUGGGGCACGGCGGGAGCAGAGCGGCAGAAGGAGAGGCGGACAGACGGCGGAAGAAAGUCCGCCUCCUCCUGCUGGCCAACGCCGGGAUCUUCAUCCUCUGCUUCCUGCCCUACAACCUGCUCCUGGCGAGCUACGCCGGCCUGAGGGUCGAGAACUCCCAGUCCGACGAGUCGGUGAGGGUCCAGCUCCGCUUCGCCCUCCAGAUCGCCAUGCUCCUGUCCAGCUCCAACUGCUGCCUGGACCCCCUCGUCUACUACUUCAGCACCGAGGGCUUCCGCGCCACAUUCCGGGCCAGGGUCAUCCCACCAGAUGGUUCCGUCGGCGCGAGCCGGGGGCGCUGGACGCUCCUGCUGACCUCCAGGAAGAAGAAGAGGCGCGGCACCAGGGCUUCAGAUCCCGGGUCGCCCCCUGCGGAGGGGGAGCUUGUGGAGAGGCGGGAGAGGGAGGGGAACGGUGAGGUGUGGGAGAGGAAGGGGGAGGAGUGCUUGUAGGAGGGGGGCUGACCAAAUCCCCGUUUGAACACCUUCAGAGCAGAACACUUACCGUUCAAUCCUACUCUCCCGAUCGACCCCCACCCCUUCCAGUUCAUCCCCACUCUCCACAAUCCAGUGGAACCCAGCUCUUCCCAUUCAUUCCUACCGUCUGCACUCCCAAUGGGACCACCACUCCUUGCCAUUCAUUCCCACUCUCCACACUUCCAAUGGGCCCCAGUUCUUUCCAUUAUUUCUCACCGUCUGCACUCCCAUUGGACCCCACCCCUUCCCAUUCACUCGUUGUCCACACUCCAAUGGGACCCCCGCCCCUUCCCAUUCACUGCCGCUGUCCCAAUGAGACCCCCGCCCCUUCCCAUUCACCCCCACCGCCCGCACCACCUAAUGGACCCCAUCCCUUGCCAUUCACUCCCAACCAUCCCAACGAACACUGUGGUGACUGACAAACAGUCACACAGAAACUGAAACCGGUAGCUAUAAAAGAGCUUUAUUUACCUGGACAAGCACGGAUACUUGAGAUCUCAGUAGAGACUUGCUGAUCUCAAGGUGCAUGAAAUAUUUAUGCCCUUACGAACAAAGGCAACAGCUUGAGAGUCAACACAAUUUCCAAUGUCUGCAACGACAUCGAUUACUUUAAUAUUUUCAGCUGAAAAUGGUUGCACUGAGCUGAGAGAGUGUCAGCUGCAAGGAAAUGUUAGACAGACUGGUUUGUUUCCCCCGGAGCGUCGGAGGCUGAGGGGAGACCUGAGAGAAGUUUCUAAAAUUACGAAAGGUGUAGGUAGGGCAGACAGAAUCUUACCCCUAGGGUAGAAAUAUCAAGUAACAGUCAAAAUCCAGGCGAGUGUGAGGUGUUGCAGUUCGGGAGGUCAAAUGUAAGGGGAAAGAGUGGUAGGACCCUCAGGCACACUGACGUAGAGAGGGGGUGCAAGCCCAAAGUGGCAACUUAAAUCUAUCGGGUGGCAAAGAAUGAAUAUGGCACGCUUGCCUUCAUUGCUGGUGGCGUCGAGUAUAAGAUUCAGGAAGUCAUGAUGGAGUCACGCUGCAUCUGUUGUGUGAGGGAUAGAUAUAGACAGCCGGUCUCUUUUCCCCGCGGUAGAAAUGUCAAAUCUGAGAAGGCGUUGCAUUCGUUUAGAGCCGGGAGAGUCCAAAGGAAAUGUGCGAGGCGUUCUUGUUUUACAGAGAGGGUUGAGGGUCCGUGCAGUGGGGUUGCCAGGCGCAGUGGGGGAAGCAGAAGUGAUAGAGAUGUUUAGGAGUCUGUUAGAUGGGCCCAUGAAUAUGCUGAGAAUGGAGAGAUGUGGACUACGUGCGAGAGAAGGCAUUAGAUGUCCUUAGCUUAAUGAGCCCAGCACAACGUCGUGGCCCGAAAGGCCCGUUCCUGUGCUGCAAUGUUUCAUGUCCUGUGGCACUUACAAUCUGUAUAUUUUUUCUAUAACAACAAUAAACUUGAAACUUGGACCAGA